AUGCUUUCCAUUAACAUAAACCUUAUCGUAGCUUUUGCACUAGCUCUAGUCGGAGUAUUAAUCUAUCGAUCACACCUAAUAUCCACCCUCCUUUGUCUAGAAGGCAUAAUAUUGUCCUUAUUUAUUCUUAUAACAUUACUAAUUACCCACUUCCAUAUAUUCUCAAUAUCUAUACUACCUUUAAUCUUAUUAGUGUUCUCAGCCUGUGAAGCAGGAAUUGGUCUCGCCCUACUAGUUAAAAUCUCAACAACCCAUGGUAAUGAUUAUAUUCAAAAUUUAAACCUACUACAAUGCUAA